UCAGGAUUGUCCUCGGCGAUUUUAGUACAAGAGACGAAGUAUUUGGCGGUGGCCUUAAUCGCUACUUUGAUUUACCGUUGGUGAUUGUUUCCUUAUUUUCCUUCACUGGCACUUACAAUUCUGGGUGGAUCGAGUUCCAAUGAUAACAAAUCCGGCUGGUUAACAUUCCAAUUGGUUCUAGUUUUGGCAACAACGGUUCCAAGAGUUUUAGUUCAUCCAGUUGAUUCCACUUCGCGAUAAUAAUUUUGGUACUCACCGUUCCGGAUAAUAACAGUUUUGCCGGUUACUUUUUUCGGGUGGUUAACUUUUAGUUAGUUUAAGUUUGGGCGAUAACAAUUUCAGCGAUUAUGAUUCUAGAAUUUUAAAAUUAUAGUUAAUUAAAAUUGUAUCUAGUUUUUCAUUUUAUUCUUUUUUCACUUGAAUAUUUUAUUCUUUUAUAAACUGACUUUCUUUUUGGUACUUGAGUAAGUAAAUAUGAUGUUUUGCCUUAAAAUAAUCACGCCCUUCUGCUAAGAGUUAAAAAAUCUAACGGUCGAGAGACGAGUAACAGUUAUCCGUCCAUCUCCGGUGACGAACUGACGAUGGACGCACUCCAAAGCCCAAACAAGCACACAUUUACUGUCGUAGCGAAAGUGAACUCCACACAUAAUGAUUAAUGAUGGAAGACUAGAGUUAUAAACACGCAGUUUUGGAGUGCAGAGACAAGCAAAGGGGGUUGAUGGGGUUGAAAAGGAAGAAACUAUGAAAUCGGCCUUGGUGUUUUCGUCUGCAUGUCGUUCAUGUUCGUCUGCUUAUACGCAUUCCAGGGUCAUAGCGAGAAGUAAGAAGCCUGAUUCUUCUUUUGAUAAGGGUUCUGAUAAAAACCCACCAAGGAUUAUGUCAAAUGUCAAGCAGAAUUUGCAGUUCUUAAAGUUAUGGAAGGAAUUCCAAAAAAGAAAAUCCAGUACACCUAAGCCUGCUACUAGUUACCGCAGAAAGAAGGUGCAGAAAGAAGAACUUCCUGAAGACACAGAUCUAUAUCGAGAUCCUACGAUGACCCUUUACUAUACAAACCAGGGUGUGGACACUGCAGUCCCUGUCUUACUUGUUGAUGGGUACAAUAUCUGUGGCUAUUGGGCAAAGCUGAAGAAGCAUUUUAUAAAUGGCAGACUUGAUAUUGCUCGGCAAAAGCUUAUCGAUGAACUGAUAACAUUCAGUGAACUGAGAGAGGUAAAAGUGGUGGUCGUCUUUGAUGCUAUGAUGUCUGGACUCCCUACUCAUAAGGAAAAUUUUGCUGGGAUUGAUAUCAUCUUCUCAGCUGAGACAUGUGCUGAUUCUUGGAUUGAGAAAGAGGUUGUAGCCUUGAAAGAGGAUGGUUGCCCAAAAGUAUGGGUUGCGACAUCUGAUCAUUGUCAUCAGCAAGCAGCUCAUGGAGCAGGGGCCUUUGUUUGGAGCUGCAAGGCAUUUGUUUCAGAGAUUAAAGCUUCAAAAAAGGAGUUUGAGAGGAUGCUUCAAGAACAGAGGUCAUAUUCUGUACAAGGCAAAUUGCUAAAGCACAAUCUCUGUCCUGAAGUAGUAGAUGCUCUCAAGGAUCUCAGAAGGAAGCUUUCAGAAAAUGAAUCAACUCCUUAAGUCAUUGUAAUAGCCUCUGUCUCACUCAACUCCCUAUAAAUGAAAAAUUCUUUCUUUUUAUCUAUUAAUUUGUUAAUUGAUAAAAGAAAUGUUUUUAUUUGAUCUUUUCUAUUAGUUUUUCCCUGUUUCUUUCAAUGUGCAUGAGUUUUCUGUAUUUGUAUGAUGAAUAAAGAUAACAACAAGCUUGCUUAGUUACGUCUCUGAAUGUAGUGAUCCACUAAAGUGAUCCAUGUGUACAUAUUUUACCCCUUUUUUUAUAUUUUUGCAUGAACAUCUAUCAGUAAAAUGAUGCAAAUCUAAAUCAUUA